ACUGAACCGGUGUUUGGAAUUUUAUGCGUUAACCUUGAGAAGUUGCUAGGAUACUGGCAAAGUAUGUACCAAGUCCCUUAUCACGCCAGACAGAAAUUGUUUUGGUUUUUGUGUUUUCUUAUCGUUUCUAUAUCUUGGGGGUUUGUAUUUUGGACAGGAGCUGUUAUUGUUGAACGUAACCUGAAACAGAAUUGACUUGAAAAUUUCUUUCGAAAACAAUAGAUGGAACUCAUCGACUCUCAAAACCCACGACUCCUAACAAAUAUUGAAGUCUUAAAGCUUAUAAAAGAGUCCAAGAAAAAAGUUAGGCGUCAGCAAACACUGUUAUACACAUGUGGAAAGUACUUAAAUAGCAAAACACCAUCCAGUAAACAGUCGGAGUCAGAAGUACAGGCUUUUGCCGAAGCUAUCAAGCCCUUUAAAUUGACAAAAGCUGAGAUUCUUAUGCUUAUCAACCACUGUCCUAGUAGCCAGGUAGAGCUGUCAGUGCUAAUCAGUGAUUUGGAUUCACGGUUAUCUAAUAGUCAAGCAGAUGAAAUUCUUCAAUUGGUAGAGAAACAUUUUCCUGAAGGUGUAGCUGCAAGUCAGACAAUCAAUUCUACUGGGACAUUUGAAGAAGUAUCAGAAGAGACUGCAUAGUUGUUUUGAUUGACUCUGAUAUUACAUUGUACAUUGUUCUUGUAAAUCAUGAAAUAAAUAUUUUGAUACAA